UCGCCAGUUCGUCCUAUAGCCCGUGCGACGACGCCCCACUUUUCCCAGUUCAAGAAAGAACACUUCCCUUGUCUGUGAUGACGGAGGAAGGAGAGGCCACGUUUCUUCAUGCAGAUGGUUUUAAGCAGACCAUUGGGAUGCAGGGAGAUUGUAAACCAGAAUCGAUGGAGUCUCCGAAUAAUCAGGUUCCAGUAUUUUCCGCAGCAGGGCCUAGUGUAGGGGCGAAGAACAAUCGGGCUAGAAAGAAGUUGGGGGGACAGCCCUCGAAGAACUUAAUGGCUGAGAGGAGGCGAAGGAAGCGGCUCAACGAUCGGCUCUCGAUGCUCAGAUCCAUUGUCCCAAAAAUCAGCAAGAUGGACAGAACUUCAAUCCUAUGUGACACAAUUGACUACAUGAAAGAGCUGCUCCAGAAGAUCAACCACUUGCAACAUGACAGCCAAUUCGGUCCCUAUCACUUGAACAUAAUGGACAUUAUAGAAGACAUGAAACCCAAUGAGAUGUUGGUGAGAAAUACACCAAAGUUCAACGUGGAGCGAAGAGACGUGGAGACAAGGAUCGAGAUCUGCUGUGCCACGAAACCGGGUUUGUUGCUGUCAAUGGUGAGCAAAUUGGAUGCAUUGGGCCUUGACAUGCAGGAGUGUGUCAUUAGCUGCUUCAAUGACUUUGCGAUGCAAGCUUCUUGCUCAGAGGAAAUGCAGCAAAGAAAUCUCACCAGUACUGGGGAUAUAAAGCAAGCGCUGUUCAGAAAUGCCGGAUACGGAGGAAGAUGCUUGUAAAGAUUUGAAGAGAAUUAGAAAGAUUCUGAUUUUCUAGGCCUUAGAUUGAGUUCUGCAAAUGGAAGGCUUUUAGUGAUUUUGAUUUUUUAGCGUGAGCUUUCUUUAUUUUCCCUUGCUGAACCGAGCAAUGUCUUGAAAUUUACUUCAUGUGGGAUUGAAACGUUGACCAUUGGUGGAAAAGUGUUUUUCUUCUUGCUUCAA